AUGAUCACCGAUGACGUGGACUACGACCGCAUCGAUCGAGGGGAUUGGGCCUCGGCGUGGCAGCUGUCGGAAUCGCACUGGCCAAAUCUCAUGCAAAUCCCGUUUCUCACGGCUGAUAGCUCCACGACGGAGUGGCAACACACUGCUCGAAACGCUCCAGACCAUUUACUAUGCCUCUAA